UUAGUAACAAACUCCACAUCCGCGCCUCUUCUUGAGAUGCAUUGUACUCUCCUGUGGCUGUGCGUUGUGGUGAUAUCAGGAAGGAAGGAGAGCGCGAGAAGCUGCCGGUGUGUUGUGAAUGAGAGUGGUGGCGCUGUCUAGCGAGAAUCAAGCCGUGACUCACACCGAGAAGAAGUGAAGGAAGUGCUGUUACUCAUCGCCGUCAACAGUUGAUCUUCUUCCUGAACGCCAAGCAAGAACAAAGGAAUGAUCCUGACCGCUCGUGGCAAUUCCCUGGAGGCUGGACAUUUCGACGCACUGGGGGACACCGAUGCAAACAGACGCGUGAGAAGGUCCAUGACAGCACCAUCCUUCCCAACGAGGACAAGGUUCAGUAGAACGAUUUCAGAUAAGAAAUUUCGUGUCUCCGGCGACUCGCCACGCUUCCUGCAGGCGUCCGACUCCGACAGCCUCGUCAUCGGGCCCCAUGACAACACUGAUCCUCGAGCUUGCUUCAAGAUUCACUACUUCGACGUGCUCAGCGUGCCCGGCAACGUGGUGGUGUUGGAGUCUACCAGCCAGCGCUACAUCACCAAAGAUUCUGACAACAGCAUGAAACUAAAGGCAGGAAACGAUCCACAACAGACAAAUCAAACUGACGACAGGUUCUUCAUCGUGCAUAUGGAUCAAGGCGACAACUCCAUUUACCUGAAACAGCUUCACUCCGGCAACUACCUGUCUGCCUCCUCCUCGGGCGCGAGUCUGGUUCCAUCCAGAUCUGAAGCAACGUCAUUUAAGCAGUUCGAUUGCAACGGCAACUGAGAUGCUGACGGAGAUCACACGACGUGUCAGGGUGUUUUUGGUACGGAGCGCGCCUCAUGCCAGUCAUUGUCGCCUUAUCCUGAUCCACGAGGCCGCCAUCAAAAGAUUCGGUUAAUCCUACAAGACAUCGCCUGACCAUCAAUUACCCACAAAAUAGAUAGAUAAUUUAUUUAACACAAAUUAAAUUUACACAGUUCAGUACUUAUAAAUCUAUAUACUGAUGCACGUAAAUCACUAAACUUGAAUAUUCCUUUCGUGUUUAAAAUUCUUGAAAGAUUUGCCUUAAAAAAAUAACGCUAACGACCUAAGGUGCUCCAUGUACAACACUUGCAGCAGCUGUAGCAGUAUUCUACGCAGUCUUGAUAAUAUUAAAACGGAAUAAUAAUUUUAUUCUAAUGUUACUCAUAUUUAUAUGCUUAUUUAACUUAUUUAUUUAAUAAUGUAUUAAUCUAUUAAUAUAGUUUGUUGUUUGUUUGUCGUUAUUUUAUGACGCAUUGUUCUUCAGAUCGUUUGUUAUCAAAUAUUUUUUUGUAAAAAUGUGUCAGCGAUGUGUGAUACAUUUCCUAAAAAUUGUAUUUUGUUAGCAUGAUGUAUUCACAUCAUCGUAUCAAAAGAUUCAUCCUGGAUUUUCUACACUAUCAGCGAAUUUUGUUAAUUUUUACGGUAUUAUUGGCACAGUACUUAUAGUGAAAAAAAUGUUAGUUUUUAGAAAAUGUGAUACAACACCAUUUUUAUAAAUUAAAUUAUAAUUUUCAUAAAACUUG